AUGGCUACUCAUUCUGUUAACGUGAACGAAUGGCGAAGCUUUGUCAGCCAUGUUCUGUCGGUAUGGAGUGGCUACCAAUUGGCAAUCGACUCAAACAGCGGCGGCGAUGAAACUAAGUUGAAACAUGAAUGGCUUAUCGAUGUUUUAUCGGAACACAUUUACACAUAUCCAUCUCUGAAAGUGGAUGACCUGGAUCAAUGGAUUACAAACAUUUUAUACACCGAUUUCGAUUUAAUUCUUGACGAUGAUAGCAUUUAUCCCACAUCUCAUCUACUAUUAGAAGCUUUUGGUUUCCUCAAGAAAAAUAAUAGAACGGGUUUUGAUCAAUUAGUUGCCGGAUUACCUUCACAGCAAGUGAUCCAGGAAGUUAAAAAAACUUCACAGCUACAAACAAAUGAAGAUGAUGAAGAUGAUGACAUGAUGGCAAUGGAUGACGUCGAAGAAGAGAUGUCUGAUUCAGAGGAAGUUGAAAAGAAGGAAAGGCAACCAAGAAUGGUUACAGAUGAUGAUGGAUGGACGACUAUCCUUCGGAAAUGA